CGGCCGCUGAACGCCACCAAUAAGCUUUCUCCCCUUUCCAGUCCAGCAGUGACAGCAGGCUAUUCUCCUCAACUCUCCACGCACUUGGUCUUUUUUUUCCCCUGCUGUCAGCACCUUUCUCUACCCUUGUAUUGUCCCAGCGGUGAAGUCAGCAUGAUGUCAUGUAGGGAUGCGAUAGCCCUGGCGAGGUGGAGGAAACAGGGUUUUUGUUGAGUGCAAGGGCAUUUAUUCCGAACUCUUUAUACCGAGAGGGACACAGAGAGGGGAAGAGAGAGAGUAAGAGAGAGAGAGAGGGAGAGAGAGAGAGAGAUAGAGAGAGAGGGGCGCGGAGGAGCUGCAAAACAUGGUAAUCACCAGCACCAACCUCGCCAUCACCAUCACCAUCACCAUCACCUCCAGCUCUGCCGCGCGGUCUCCCGUCUCCUCUCCUCCUCUGCACCGGGGCUUGCGUUUCAUGCCCAAAGCCCUGAUCUGCGCUCCAAAAAUAACCCUCCUCAGCCAGCAUGCCGAAGGAAGCAAAACAAGACCAGCGGUAUUUUUAGGGUCAUUAAUUUCGACCACGUGGCCCGAAGGUAAACCGGAUGGCCGUUGCGCAAAGGCUCCUCGUCAGUAUGUCCUGCGAGGCCGGCACGCCGCACUGGACGCUGACCGCGGCGCUCCUCCUGGGCUUUCUGCUGGGGAUCGUGUCAGCGUACCCGUUACCGAGCGUCAGGACGAAUGCAACUUUGCUGGAGAAACGAUGGGAGACCCUGUUCUCCCGCUCCGUGCUGGGAAUCUCCGGGGAGAAACCGGAGCUGAACUGGGAGAGCGACUAUCUGCUGGGCAUCAAAAGAGUGCGGAGGCUCUACUGCAACGUGGGCAUCGGGUUUCACCUUCAGGUCCUCCCCGACGGCAGGAUAAACGGUGCACAUAAUGAAAACCAGUACAGUCUAAUAGAGAUCUCCACGGUGGACAGAGGAGUGGUGAGCCUGUAUGGGGUGAAGAGUGAGUUGUUUGUCGCAAUGAACAGCCGUGGGAGGUUAUACGGAACGACAGUCUUCCAUGACGAGUGCAAGUUCAAGGAGAGCAUGCUCCCCAACAACUACAACGCCUACGAGUCUCUGGUCUACAGACGCUUCUACAUAGCGCUCAGCAAGCAUGGCCGCGUCAAGAGGGGCAACAAGGCCACCACUGCCAUGACUGUAACGCACUUCCUACCCCGAAUAUGAUGAGCAAAAACUGGCAAUAACAAACUUAUUUGCACAUGUGGAUUAUUUCCCAGGUAACAUGAAUACUGUAUACCUACGUACAAACACAAAAGACAACAUGGACUGUAAAAGAAAGAAAUACAACUAUAUCUGAUAGUAUUUAUUCAAACUUUAUAUGUAUAUUUGGGUAGCUUCCUUUAUAUUAGAAAUUGUGGAAAUGCCAUUCUUUGCUGCUUUUAUGAUUUUUUCUUUUUUCAUUUUGUGAAAUGAAGGGGACGGAGAGGCGUCGUUUAAUCCCCUCAGUUUAUAUGGGUGCUCGCUGGAAUUGGUUGAGUCCUUGCCCUGUGACGGUUCAUCCUUUUUUGGAAAUGAAAUGGAUACAUUAUUACCUCAAAGCACCAUAUCCUGAGAAGAAGAGGAUGAAGAAAAAAGAGAAAUGUGUGCAUGAAAUUUCUACAGAGAGGAAUGCCUGUUUACCGAAAGAGUUUCCGUUGUCGUCCAUCAAGGACUUGAGCGCUUCCCCAUCCUCUUGUGUUUGAUUGUCUCUGUCACCGUCAGGGCGACUAGAGCACUUGCAAAUAUGGCGGAGGUUUUUUUCUUCUUCUUGCUUCGUCAUGAGGGUGGCGGUGCCUUGAAUUCCUACUUGCGGCCCCUCUUUACCCUUGCAUGUGAGAAACGUGGCGCUCGAGUCAGAAAUAGGAAUGAAACACAAGUCAUCGCUCCCUUAAAACACCACUGGGAGUCUGUAGCCUAAUUCCUAGAGGGCCAGAGUUUCUCCACUUUAUUUUCUUUCCAUAAUUAGAUCAAUUAAGUAAUCAAGACUCUAUGCAGCACAGGACCCAGUGGAGCCCCUUGUUAAUAUGGAAAGCUAGAUUUAGAGUCACCCCCCCACCACCACCCCCAUGCUCCCAUCAUGUACAAGGGAGCUUUGACAAUCCCAGGUUUUACUUUCACAAACUUUGUAGCCGGAUCUGAGGCCAGAUUGAGCGUAUGAGUGUGUAGUUUAUACGUGGGCAUGCAUUUUAUUUCAAGUAUGUAUGUGGAGGUGCUCGGUUUGAGAGCUGCUCAAUUUUGAAGUUUUUUUUUUUCUUCUCAAUGCGGGAGGUCAACGUGCGUUUGUGCAACGAAAUAUCAUAGACCCGAGACUAGGAAGCAACAUGUCCUCCAUUUCUGUCUGCUGUAUAUUUCCCUCCAGUUCAAAUUGAGUUGGCGAAAUCUGUUGCAUCUGGUCUGUAGCCCUUGAUAUUUUGCUAAUUUAUUUGAUUUGUCUCGUCGACUUUGUAGCAAAAAGUGAGGACGGGACGCCGUUUGACUUUCACACUGGUUUGAUGAUAUUUGGCACUUAAAAGUGACGCGUUCAAGCAGAUGUGAGCGACAUGACGUGGAUGUCACUGAGUUGUCUAUUUCGCUGUAAAUAAGAUGGUCUGCUGCUUUCAAUGAAACAGAUGGCAGAUUUGGCUUAGAGAGAACUCA